GAGGAACCCAUCCGCGCUCCUGAACAAUUCCAGCUCUGAAAAGUGGAUCCUGGCAGCACCUCUGCGCACCUCUGGGCAGAACUGGGCUGGGAAGGGGCGUGCAGAGGAAGGGGGCUCGAGGGAAAGCUGAGGAAUUGUGAGGAGAAGUGGUGUCCUGAGGGGAUGUGCACUGUGGGAGCACCUCUGGGGGCCUCUGGGGCUCAGCCCUCACCUGGGAAGUUGUAACCCCACAUCCUGGAGUCACUGAAGUGCCACCGGGGUCUGAGUGGGCAGGAGCCCCGCAGCCCCUCAGGGACACCAACUGUGCUCAGGAGGGGACAGUGCUGGGACCACCCACCCUGGCUCUGCCCUUGAACCGAGGAGGACACACUUCCCCUUAGCUGAGUUUCAGUUCUGCUUUUGCCCCAAUGCAGGGCCCCCAGGAAAGGGGAAGAGAAACACGUGUGUUUGUGCCUGGGGGGUGCCUGGCUAGGAGUGGUGGGAGGAGAUGGGGACUCCAUGUCACCCCGUGUCUCUGUGCCCAGCACCCAUCGCAUGCUGCAACGUCCCAAUGUUGGCACGAGUGUCCCCACCCUCUGCUACCAGUCAAGCGGUGCAGAUGGUGCGUGGUGACCCAAAAGCAAAGGAGUUCAGCCUCGUUCCCUCCUACGCUUCUCCAGCCCCCAGCUUAGGCCCUCCCUGAAACCUCACUGGCUCCAGCCCCAUUGGUGGAACGCAACCUUCAGGACCCCACAGUGCUUCCUCUUCCCACCGUCCCCGCUGCGUUACCUUCGCUGUGGGCACCAUGUGGCCCCACUGCCUUUUCCUCUUCCUUCUCCUCCACGAGACAUGGGCAGAGCCAGAAACCUCAUGCCAUCUCCCUGCAGAAUCACAGUUUUUCCAGCUUUUCUGCACCUUGCUCUUGGACAAUGUCAGCUCCACCGAAAUGGCCGGGAUGGCUCUGAUGGGAGACGUGCCCAUAUUGGCGCUGGACCCGCACACCUGGAACAUAAACAUCUGCCGGCCAUGGGCCCAAGAGGCUACAGCUGAGACUGAAAUAGCGAAGAUUCUGUCCUUCUCCAUGGUUGGCAUACGCAAUAUGAUUCGGUUCGCGCAUGAGAUGGCUGCGAAGGCAGGGUUGGACUACCCACUGGUUUUCCAGAUCCAUGCAGGCUAUGAGCUUUACCCCAAUGGAACGAGCUGGAGCUUUGUCAACAUUGGGGAAGGUGGCAGAGACCUGGUGACAUACGAGCUGGGGAGGGAGCGCUGGGUUCCCCAGCGGUCCACCCCACUGGCCGAGCUGGUGAGCCACUCUCUCACUGACCUCCGGGCCGUGUCGGGGUUCUUGGAUCACAUCUUCUCCGUCAUCUUGCCAACCUACACCCCCAUCCUGCAAAAACGAGGGAGGACAGAUCUGGAGAGACAAGUGCCACCCAUGGCCGUGGUCUUCACCCGCACAGCUGGCCCGGCGCAGCUCCUGCUGGUUUGCCGCGUCACCAGCUUCUACCCGCGUCCCAUCACUGUCACCUGGCUGCGGGACGGCCAGGAGGUGCCCCCGAGCCCGGCAGUGAGCACCAGCAGUGUGUUACCUAACGCUGACCUCACCUACCAGCUCCGCAGCACCCUGCUGGUGUUCCCCAGGGAUGGGCACAGCUACGCCUGCCACGUGCGACACUGCAGCCUGGGUGACCGCAGCCUCCUUGUUCCCUGGGAAAACCCCAGUGUGUCUUCCACCGUCGGCAUCACCAUUACAGUGUUGCUCCUCACUGCCGUCAUCACCGGGGGAGUUUGGUGGUGGAGGCGCAGGAAACAUGCUGGGUCUGGAAGGAAUUCCCGUACAUUCCUCAUCUGAUGCCCACCCUGCGCCAAGCCCUCACUCCCUGCUCCAUUUCCAAGCCAGCUGCUCCAAUGGUGGUGAGAAAGCAGUGCCACACCAGUAGGGGACAGAGCAGGCCACAGAGGAGCAUGGAGAGAGGGCCAAGUGAUGUCCCAGAUCCCAAGCCCAGACCCCCGGGUUUACGGGAAUUCGUUGCCUUAUGACAGUGUCCCUCUCCUCUUCCCCUAACCCUGUACUGUGUCCCCAGCCUUGUCCCAAUGUCUCUUCCUCAUCCCAGCGCUCCCACCUCAUCCCUUCUCCUGCACCCACAGUAUGUCCCUCCUCUGUCCCCUCACGGCCACAGUCCUGUCCCUGCACCUCUUCUUCAGCCCAUGUCCCUUCAUGUCUCAAACUGACUGCCACAUACCACCCUCUCCCUCUUCCACACCACACAUCCUUCCCAUCCCAUGCCCCUAUUCUGUCCCUGUACCUCUUCCCCACAUCACCCUGCUGUCCCCACAGGUCCCCUGGGCUGUGUCCCCUAUCCUGUGGCACUGGGGCGAGGUUUCCUUGUUGGACGCCAGCAAAAUGGGGAAGAAUGAGGCAAAACUGUGAA